AUGGUUCAAAGCUCUGUGACAGUGAGCGUGAUUGGAUUGCUCCUCUUUGGGACUAUUUCCUCCAUCCUCUCCAAAGUCGUAUAUCAGACCGAAGGGGAGGACCUCAGUGGGCAUGUCAAGUUUUUCAAGAAGCCUUGGGCUUCCACAGCUCUUAUGUUUGUUGCUAUGGUAAUGUGCCUGCCCAUCGCUUGGGGCGCAAGCUUGAUCGAGUCACGACGUAAAAAGUCAGCUGCAAGCAGCGAACAUAAGCCACUGCUCAGUGACGAGGGGGAGACUUCGGGAGCUGGAGUCGCAUCAAAGCUGGCCGCAAAGUCAGCCUCCUUCAAGGAGAUCAUGAUCCUGGGCCUGCCCAUGGCUUUCGAUCUCACUGCAACACUGCUGAUGAGCGUUGGGCUCCUGUACGUGACAGCCUCAGUGUACCAGAUGCUGCGAGGUGCUGAGAUCCUGUUCUCGGCCAUCUUUGCUGUGGCGUUCCUGAAGCGCAGCCUGAACAGGCGCCACUACAUCGGCAUAGCCUUCUGCCUGGUGGGCAUCAGCAUGGUCGGCGCUUCCAGCCUGCUCAAGCCGACUGAGGGCGGAUCUGGCGAUGCUGGCAAGGCAGUCCAGGCAGCGCAGGUGGUGAUGGAAGACUAUGCCAUGUCAAAUGUGGGCCUGGCACCUCUCCAGGUCGUUGGGUACGAGGGUGUGCUGGGUGUGAUUGCUUUGGCGAUCCUGCUCACCAUAGUUCAGUUCCUCCCAGGGAAAGAUGGUGAAGGCAUCCACGAAGACACCAUCGAGUCAUUCCACAUGAUUGCACAUUCGAUUCCCUUCUGGGCCAUUCCGGCAGUUCUGGUGGCCAACAGCCUUUCCCUUCUCCUCUACAACGUUGCUGGCAUGUUUGUGACGGAGGAGCUGGGGGCGGUGUCGCGGACGGUGUUUGAGAGCGCGCGGACGCUGUUUGUGUGGCUGGGCGACCUGCUGCUCUUCUACACCCCACUCGGCUUUGGGCGGCUGGGCGAGGGCUGGGACCGCAGCAGCUACCUGCAGGCGGCGGGCUUUGCAGUGCUGGUGGUGGGCACGCUGAUCUACAGCCGGGGGGACCAGCUGGAGGAGGACCAAGAGAAGGAGGAGCACCAGGAGCCGGACGCCAGGCCUGCCAGGCGGCCCACCUUCAGGCCCAACCACACCAUCUCGCGCUACGGGCUGCACAACAUCCACCGGCGGCGCUGGCGGCGCGCGGCCAACGCCAUGAUGGCAGCUGCACGCAUGCAGCCGGACGAGGAACAGCCCGGCCUGACAUCAUCUUCGCGAUGA